GAGGCUCGAGUGAUGUUCAUCGGAUUUUCCACUAUAACACGUGACUAACGGACUUGAAGAUUGAUUCCAGCCGACCCCAAGAUUUUGUCCGCACCGCACACUCAACAUUCCGAAAUUUUACCUCCUUCAGCACGACCACCAAGAAUCCGAGCAAGCUACCGAAGUUUCAUGUAAUAUGAGCCCAAAGUUUUGAUCUUUCCACCAUCAUCGGGUGACCAAUCGCAGAUUGACGACGCAUUUUGUGGCUGAGAGGUUUUCGAGCAUGGCAUGACAUGCAUAGGUGAGCUCGUUGUGAGCAGGGCAGGUAGGGCAAGUAGGGCGUCAAAUCACGAGCAGUUUGUGGUGAACCAAUACUAUUGAUGACUCGCGCAGGCAUCACAAUUAUCACAAGCAUCGCUGGCAAUUCAAUUGCCUUUCCAGAACCAGAGAAAGCAAAUGGAUCCUUUGGCUAAAAAUAACACCAAGGUUCAUCUCAUAGGCACAUUUCAUCUCUUCUUCAUGUUGGUAGGGCGGUAGGUAUUCGAGAUCAAGAGCGUCAAGAAACAUCUCAAACAUUCGUCCAAUCAGCACGACACACCAAAGGCGCGUACAUUUCUUAGGACGGAUUUCCACUUCCACACCCUGCACUCCCUGUUGAAUAGUCGCGGACGGUGGAAAUUCUCCACUACACCAAAAAUCAGGGGCAACAUGGGGGCUUCAUAUGAAGUAAUUCCGAGAUCGUUUCUACGAAUCAAUAUUCAAUGUUUUUCGAUAAAGACGCUAGGGCAAGGUCGUGAAAGCUCCACAUUUCUAAUAUAUUCACAACAAUUUUCAUCUCCACGUAACCAAUUCAUCCAGAACUCCCGGCGUUAUGUCCAUAUGUGCUCGGAAAGAGGGACUCUACCCUGGAUCUAUACUAAGAAUCUAAGAUAAAGUGAUCUCGAAUCUUUAACCCCAGUCAUUUUGGGUUGUUUCAUGGCAUCGCAUUGGGUUUAGGGACUAUUGACCUCCACUUUAGAACAGGCCCUCAUAUAAGGAAAAUGGCUUCAACGUCUCGAAAUGUCUUUUUGAGCCCCCCAGUCAUCAAAGUUGGUACUGGAUGGGUUGUGGCUUUGCGAAAAAGGAACUCGUAGUACCUUGUUCAAAAGGUUGUUGUCGCCCACAACAAUCCAUUAUUUUCUCAUUUUUUUGCUUAAGACAUACUCUCAUCAUUCUUUCUGAGAGAAAGUCAAUCUUCUUUUCAAUUCCUCGACGUUGUUACGUCUAGUCACUCAUUAUUUUUCUUCUUCAUUUAAUUCCUUAAUUAUGAUUCAGCGAAUUGUUUCCACUGCCACUUUGGCGCUUGCUUUCAUUGGUGAAGUUUCCGCGACGAAUAAGUAUACGUUAGUCGAUGAUUAUGCAGGAACCAAUUUUUUUGAUAUGUUCGAUUUUUAUACGGGAGCCGACCCAACAACCGGAUUCGUUUCAUAUACCUCUAAAGAAGUAGCCGAAAAUGCAAACAGCGAGCUUGGUGUAGCCUUGACAAAGGUCGAGAAUGGACAAGCUUAUAUGGGUGUGGACUACGUUAAUGUGGUCACCACUGGCCGGCCCAGUGUUAGGAUACAAAGUAAAGAGUCCUAUACUCAUGGCUUGAUUAUUGCCGACCUCGCGCAUAUGCCGGCUAGUAUUUGCGGUACCUGGCCAGCGUUCUGGACCGUCAACACUACCAAUUACCCACGAUAUGGAGAGAUAGAUAUUCUUGAAAAUAUCAACGAGAAUACUGUCAGCUUGCAAACGCUUCAUACCGAGGAAGGAUGCUAUAUUUCCGGUAACCAAUACUCAACUCAAUUAAAAGAUAACGUCACAACAUACAACUGUGAUGAUUCUGCCAGCUCAAGCAUAUUUGGAGCCCAAGAGGGUAACUCUGCAUGCUCUGGUACUAACCCCGACCCAAAUUCUUACGGAACGACAUUCAACAGCAACGGGGGUGGUGUAUAUGCUAUGCAAUGGACUAGCGAUGUUAUCAGAAUGUGGAACUUUGGGCCUGAUGCGAUUCCAGCCGAUAUAACUGCUGGUACACCAGAUCCAUCCACUUGGGAUCUUCCUGCCUUUACUACCGAAGGAGGAGUAUGUAAUAUUGAUGGAUUAUUUGCCAACCACCACAUCAUUUUCGAUACAACUUUCUGUGGAGUAUAUGCUGGAAAAACCAAAUUCUGGCAAGAGACAACUUGUUAUGACGCAGAAAAAUAUCCUACCUGUGAUAGUUAUGUUGGAGCAAACCCAGCAGCAUACAAGGAAGCUUAUUGGCUCAUCAACAGUGUUAAGGUUUACCAAAAUGAUACCUUGGCCGCUACUAGCGCUGCUGCUGCUUCAUCUACGUCGGCUGCUAUCGUUGCUACUUCAACCAAAAUCUCGACUACUGCUAGCCCAGUAAUGAGCUCAACUGCUCGAGCCGAAUCUCUUUUGGGUGUCGCGACAUCCGAAGCCGCAUCGAUCGCCUCCGUUGUCGCCUCUAGUUCAUCAUCUUCUGCAGCAUGUGUCUCCACAGGUGCCCUCCUUUCUGGUCAGACCGCUUGCCCGGCAUCUUCUGUAGAGGCAUCUUCUACCGCAAGCAUCAUUGCUUCAGUAUCAUCUGUUGCUACAAUUAUUCCCACGACAGCUCCAGUGGAGGCAUCAUCUACAGCCAAUAUCAUCGCCUCAGUAUCUUCUGUUCAAGAAUCCUCCGCUGCUAUCAUUGUCCCUUCAGCAUCUUCUAUUGAGCAAUCCUCGGUCGCCGGCGUCCUUACAACUGCUUCAGUCCCAUACCCCCACACUACCUCUACCAUUUACGGAACAAACACACGCACUGACGAGCUUGGAUCUGUUGUAACCGAGACUGUUAUUCUUUCAACUACUAUUUGCCCAAUCACUGCUGCCGAGGGGGAAGCCACCCCUUCACCAUCCAGCGCAAAUGUCGAUUCGACGACGACUAUUCAAAGUACUAUCACAAGCGUUAAGUCGGCCGCUACAAUCUAUAGCACCGUUACACUUCCAGGUGAAGAUUCCUCUGCUAUUAUUGUAGCCACUAGCGAAAUUGCACAAACAACUGUCUCAGCUGCUUACACAACCCAAGUAUCUGAGCCCGCAUAUGCUUGGAGUACUGUCACUACCGAGGGAACUAGCACUGUCGUUCCUGUUGGUUCAAGCCCAAGUGUUCCAGCAUCGGCUGAGAGUGAUAGUUCUGUACCGACUGCUUCAGCUGGAGCUAGCUCUGGUGAGGCCACUAGCGUAUCUUCCGCAGCAUGCGUACCCUCUGGUGGUGCUCUUUUAUCUGGUCAAACAGCUUGCCCUGAAACACCCGCUGCCUCGACUGGUGCUCUCUCAGGCGAAGUUACUAGCAUUGUUUCUUCGGUCGUUAACCCUACCCCAGCUAUAUCUUCUGCCGCAUGUGUCGCUUCUGGUGCUCUUCUUUCCGGUGAAACAGCUUGCCCAGAAACUCCACUUAAGGCUGUAAGCUCCAGCGAGGCCACUUCCGCUCAACCAUCCACUACAUCAGUAGCCAACACUCCAAUUCCAACUGACGCCUCGAUCGUCCUCUCAACCGCAACCGUGGUACCCAUGCAAUCUGCCCCUGCUCCAGCCGCCACAUCUGCCGAAGGUAUCAGCACCCCUCAAUCAUCCAGCGUAGUCGGCCAAGCUGGAACUACCAGCCCAAUAAUCUUUACCCCAACCUACGCAACCACCUCAUUCGUCACAAAGCCCACAUCCGCAUCCACCAACUCUACCUCUACGCAAACCAUUACCUCAAGUAGUGUAUCGAUAACAGGUACUGGUAUCCUUAUCGACACUUCUACACUUGGAAGCACCGAAACUUUCACAUUCGCCAUGCCAAGCAUCUAUAGCGCGACUGGAACCAGCGAUGCUAGUGCUGUCACUGCUUAUCCUUAUUUGGACUCUGGAGUCUCAAAGGUCAGUGUUCGGGGAAGUAUUAUGGCUGCUAUGGGGGUUAUGGCUUUGCUAUUGGUGGUUUAAAUUUUUUGAAUUUGAGAUUCUUUGAUACCUAUGGGGACGAUGUGGCUUGGUGUAAUUUUGGCGGGCAUUUUGUAUAUAAUUUGAGAUAAACACCUGGAUACAGAAAGAUAAAGUGUAUAUUUAUAUAGGACAAUGAGAAGAAAUCUCUUGUUAUUUGGCUA